AUGGAGCUGAGACAGAAGAUCUUUGACUUCCUCAAGGACCCCAUCUACCAGCCGGAGCACUACCUGUCCAUCGCCGACUUCCGGGCGCUGACGCGGGAGCGCUUUGCCCGCUUCGCCGCCGCCCACUUCUUCACCAUCACCGACUACGUCGACAACCCGCGCCGCUUCCUGGCGGCGCUGGAGUGCCUGGCCUGGGCGGACUACAGCCUGGCCAUCCUGUCGGGCGUGCACUACACCCUCUGCGGCGGCACCAUCACCAAGCUGGGCAGCGCCGCGCAGGUGGCCGCCCACGUCCCCGCCAUGGACGUCGGCCGCCUGCGCGGCUGCUUCGGCAUGACCGAGCUGGGCCACGGCUCCGACGUGGCCGGCAUCCGCACGCGGGCGAGCUACGACGCCGCCACCCGCGAGUUCGUGCUCACCACCCCUGACGACGACGCCAGCAAGUACUGGAUCGGCGGCGCGGCGGGCACCGCCCACAUCUGCGCCGUGUUUGCGCAGCUGGAGGUGGCGGGGAGGGAGGAGGGCGUGCACGUCUUCCUCGUGCCGCUGCGCGACGAGGCGGGGCGCCCCCACCCCGGGGUCCGCACCGCCGACUGCGGCGCCAAGAUGGGCCUCAACGGCGUGGACAACGGCCAGAUCUGGCUGGACGACGUGCGCGUUCCGCGCGAGGCCAUGCUCAGCCGCCUGGCGACGGUGUCGCCCGAGGGUCGGUACUCCAGCGCGCUGCCCGACCGCGGCGCGCGCUUCGGCGCCACCGUGGGAGGCCUGACCAUGGGCCGCGUGCUCAUCGCCGGCGCGGCGGUCACCGCCAGCGCCAUUGGCCUCACCGUGGCCAUCAACUACGCGCACGCGCGCCCCCAGUUCGGCGACACGCUCAUCGGCGACUACCUCACCCACCAGCGCCGGCUCUACCCCGCGCUGGCGGCCACCUACGCGCUGCACUUUGCGCUGGACCGCGUGAAGGCGCUGCUGGCGGCGCCCCCCACCCCAGCCCGCGCCAAGGCCAUCCACGUCGCGUCCUCGGGGCUGAAGGCCGCCGCCUCCUGGGCCCGCAUCCGGUGCCUGCAGGACUGCCGCGAGUGCUGCGGCGGGCAGGGCUUCGCCGCCGCCAACCGCAUCGGCCCGCUGCUGAACGACAUGAACGUGGACGCCACCUUCGAGGGCGACAACACCGUGCUCAUGCAGCAGGUGGCCCGCGCGCUGCUGGGGCCCAGGGGCGCCGUGCGCGCCGAGCCGGCGGCGCCGACCCUCUCCGCCGACGCGCCGCGCUGGACGGACGAGGAGGUCGCUGCGGGCGCCGCCGCCGAGCUGGCGCUGGGCGGGGUGCUGACGCGGGCGGGCGCCGAGUCGCUGCGCGGCCUGGUCAACGACCUGUGCCGCCGCCUGGGCGAGGACCGGGGGGCCGCGGCGCGCACGCUCUGCGCCGGCUUCGGCUGCCCGGACCACCUCAUGUGGGCGCCCAUCGCGCGCGACUGGACCACGGCCUUCAAGUACCCGGGGAAGGCUUGA